GCCAUCGCUAUCGCCGCCCCGCUGCGACAAAAAAGAACCCGAAGUCGUGCUCGCUUGUAAAAAAAACGCCUAAAAAACAGGCCGCAAACCUGUGAAAAACGCAAGAGUGCAUCGCGUUGCCAAAUAACCUUUAGCCCCAGAGACCCACGAUCGAAUUGCUGUGAAAAGUCGAGGAAAGGCCGCGAAAAAUGCGCAUGCAAACGGCGUGUGGCCAGCAAAAUCGCUGCAGCAGCACCGCACACACACUCGGCCACCCACACAUACACACCUAGUAUACACGAGAAUAGGUGCGCGGAGAGGAGACAGCAGGAACUCAGUGCCAAAAUAAAACCCACAGCUCCGCCAGUGGCCCUUCGAGAAGCGCCAGAACCGCAUUACGUAUACGCAGCGCGAGUGCUGGCAAACAAGUUGGCCCUGUGGCGAUGGCAACAAUGUCCAAAAACGAUCUGCUUUAUCUAACGGCGCAGCUACUGCUGGCCGGCUGCCUGAUUGGGGCCCAAGGAUCCAUCCUGCCAACUGAAAUAGAAUGUGAGCACUUUGACGAGAAGAUGUGCAACACAACCCAGCCAUGUGAAACACGGAUCGAGAGAUGCAAGCCGGAGGCGGAUAAGUUUCCCAGCUGCUAUGUCCUCUGGUCGGUCAGCGAGACAACGGGCGACCUGCGAAUCAAGAUGAAGGGCUGCUUCACGGACAUGCACGAAUGCAAUCAGACGGAGUGCGUGACCAGCGCAGAGCCGCGGCAGGGAAACAUACACUUCUGCUGCUGCAAGGGAUCGCGCUGCAACUCCAACCAGAAGUAUAUUAGAAGCACCACGGAGGCCACUACACAAGUGCCCAAGGAGAAGACGCAGGACGGCAGCAAUUCCAUAUAUAUCUACAUCGGCACCUCCGUCUUCAGCGUGCUCAUGGUCAUCGUCGGCAUGGGCCUGCUGCUCUACCGACGCCGCAAGCAGGCGCAUUUCAACGAGAUACCCACGCACGAGGCUGAGAUCACCAACUCAUCGCCGUUGCUGAGCAACCGUCCCAUUCAACUGCUGGAGCAGAAGGCCAGUGGCAGAUUCGGUGAUGUGUGGCAGGCCAAGCUGCACGGCCAGGAUGUGGCCGUUAAGAUCUUCCGCAUGCAGGAGAAGGAGUCGUGGACCACGGAGCACGAUAUCUACAAGUUGCCCCGCAUGCGUCACCCCAACAUCCUGGAGUUUCUGGGCGUGGAGAAGCACAUGGACAAGCCAGAGUACUGGCUGAUAUCCACCUAUCAGCACAAUGGAUCGCUGUGCGAUUACCUCAAGUCGCACACCAUCACAUGGCCAGAGCUGUGUCGCAUUGCCGAGUCCAUGGCCAAUGGAUUGGCCCAUUUGCACGAGGAGAUCCCUGCCUCAAAGACGGAUGGACUUAAGCCAUCAAUAGCUCACCGAGAUUUCAAGUCCAAGAAUGUGCUGCUCAAGAGCGAUUUGACGGCAUGUAUAGCUGACUUUGGCCUAGCCAUGAUCUUCCAGCCAGGCAAGUCCUGUGGCGACACACACGGCCAAGUGGGCACCCGUCGUUAUAUGGCCCCUGAGGUGCUCGAGGGUGCGAUAAACUUCAACAGAGACGCCUUCUUGCGCAUAGAUGUAUAUGCCUGCGGUUUGGUCCUGUGGGAGAUGGUGUCGAGGUGUGACAUUGCCGGACCCGUAGGCGAGUUCCAGCUGCCGUUCGAGGCGGAACUCGGCCAGAGGCCGACGCUAGACGAAGUUCAAGAAAGUGUGGUAAUGAAAAAGCUGCGUCCUCGCUUGCUGAGCUCCUGGCGCGCCCAUCCGGGUCUUAAUGUGUUCUGCGACACAAUGGAGGAGUGCUGGGACCACGACGCCGAGGCCCGUCUCAGCUCGUCGUGCGUGAUGGAACGCUUUGCGCAGCUCAACAAGUAUCCCUCGGCCCAGCUGCUGAUCAAGAACCACACCAACAUUGACGACGCUAAAGAGUCGACGAACUGCUUAUAGAAGCGGUACUAAGCCACAGACAAGGAUAGCAGCUGUGGCUUAAAAGCAAUUCAGUCGAAGCCUCUUGCCUAGCAGCGGUUAGUUUGAUAAGCAGGCGCGGUCGUGAGACGUUUCACUUGUAGUUUAAUAGUUUGUAGUACCAUCAUCAGCAGCUAUAGCUCAAAAUUUAGUAGGGUGGGUCGAUUAAUUUAAUAGAAGUCUGUUAGAGGUCCCUCGAGAGCUUGCUAAGGGAAUAUAACACAUUUCUUUAGAUCAGGUAUCUUUCCAUCAAUUUUUCGUUUAUUUUCGGCAGUUAGAAAUUGACCCAAACCGAACAAAGAGCAUUAGAUGUGGUGCUAUGUGCAUAAAUGUGUAGCUACUCAUCCGACAUUGACUUCAUUGACUGAUAACCAUAAACUGAUAAAUAUAAACCAAGCAUAUAACGUACAAUUUGUUUGCCCCCAGACAGUAGUUUGUGUGCAAAGUAAUCUGUUGAACAUUAUUGUCAAGCCUUUUAACUAUAAUUUUAUUUGUGAGUUAUCGAAUGCCUCCAUAUAGUAAUAGUUAUACUUACUCGAUAAGAAUUAAGGUAUUUUCAUUAUGAUUUGAGUAAUUUUAGUUUUAAUUUUACUUUGUAGUCGUAACGUUUUUAUUUCGCGCACUAGAGUGCAUGUGUUUCAAUGUUGUAUUUUGAAUAAAAAAUACUUUUAACUCCAUCCUAACCAAACGAUUUUAUAUUUUAUUUUGUAAUAUUUAGUUUCGAUUUUUAGUUUUCAAACCUAGUGCCAAUGACCCUCAGAAAUCACUUAAUCAUAACAAAUGUGUAAUUGUAUAAUUGUAUUCUAACUCUACUGGACAGUACAAGCAACACCUGAAGUUUUCAAAAGAAAGUUUCUUUUUAACGAGAACCUAAUUUAAGCGCAUAUACAAUAUAAAAUAUGAACUAUACUCUUUAUAUACACACCACACACACGCAUAGCAGGUUUAUAUGAAGCACACGCUGCGACUCACUGUCAGCAUUAAAUCUAAAAAUCAAAUCGAACAUUAAACCCGAGAGGACAGCACACACACUGCAAGAAACUUAGAUCUAAAAACCAUGAGUAAGUAUGUUAAAUAUUGUUAAAAAUAUAGUAAGUCUUGUCAUGUUAGCACAGGUGCAACUGAUUAACCGCGGAAGGUGUAUCUUGGUCUAUAGGUAGUUUAAGAGAGUCUUGGCAAUAUGUAUUUCCGUUCGAGUUACUUGAAACUUUUUUGCGCAGCACCAGUUCUCAUCAUGAAAUAUUUCUGGAUUGUCACUUGAGACACCAACUAAACACAAUACACAACACGAAACAAAACAAACAAAGCUUCAUUACCUGAUUUUUUUGAGCAACUUACAACAAAAAUAGUUUAUUACGCUAAAACAAAACGAAAAAAAACAAAAUAAUCUUAAACAUAGAACGAAUUUUGUUAUGCUGUAUUUGAUUUGUAUAAUUUUCAUUGGUGCUGAAAGAUCAUUACGCCGUGAACGACGAUGAUAAUGAUGAUAAUAAGAAACGAAUUCAAAAACAAACAGUAUUUAAAGAGCGAAGAAAAUAUGAAAUAUUUAAUCAAAGUAGUUUGUUACAUAUCAGAAUGCUACACGGCGAAGUGGAAGAUAAUAUACGUAGCUCAUUUCGAAACGAGGGCAGAGAAAUUUUUUAUAAUAUUAUACAAGGCCAUAAGAGGCCCACAGCAAUUUUGGUAUAUUUUUUAUGCAUUUCAUAGGUAAAACAAAAACGAGUUUAUAAAAAAUCUUUUUAAAACACCCCAUUUUCGAUUAUCAUCAGCAAAGUUUUAUAAAAACCAGUAAGCGAAAAAUAUAUACGAAAUGAUAGCGAGUCGUGUUAAUUAGAAGUUUACGAUUAACAAUGAGAUCUUUGAUAAUAAUGGAUUUAAAAUAAAUAAGCAAAUGUUUGAUAAAUCAAA